GGUGAACCAUGCAUAACGUAAACAACAUUGAGACUGAGAGCCAGGAGACAGGAAGAUGGAGAAACUUCAAUUCAUGGAUUAAACACAACUUCAACUACGAAUGCUAUCUUAAUUUCCUUACUGGCUGCUACAGCUGCAAGUUGGAAGCUGAACAGAGAAGAAAAUCUAGACGUCCACUCUGCUGCUGCUCUUUGUUGGAGAUACUAUUUUACCCAUGGCUACUUACUGCACUUUACUUGUCUGUGCUUUUGGUUUUCGUGUGGGUAGAAUCCUCCAACGAAUACAAUGGCUUUGACUGGGUUGUUUUUCUAGGUACAGGAGUCUGGUUCUUCUGGUCCCUUGUCUUGCUGAGUUUAUUUGGAAUCCUGGCUGCCUACACGUCCUUGUUGUUGGUACUUGGAUUUUUGUUGUGUUGGGAAGGAAAAGAACUUUACCUGCACUGGUAUCAUAAGAUCCUGAUUCUGAUAGUGAUUUCGAUGUGCUUGUUUUUUUUCUGGCUGUUAUGCACUUACUGGAAAGACAGGUGGCUCACCAUUGGGCUCUCACUGCAGCUCUACAAGUGGCUGUUGGAUUGCCCUUUUUCCUUAUCCUUUUGUGUCUCUAUGUGAUACCAUUCGGGAAUUAUUCUCCCUGCAUUCAAGAGAAGGACAAAUUGGGGCCCAAGCCGAGCUUCUUUGGACAUAGAGGUGCACCCAUGGUAGGUCUGAGC